UUAGAAGAGUGACAAAAUGGCCAAAAAACUGAAGAGAUUUUUGAUUGUGUUGGACGACGAGUCUCUCCUCUACUUUCCCGGAGCCUUCUUGACGGGCAAAGUGCUGCUCGAACUCGAAGAAGACACGCCAGCCAUCGGUCUUUAUUUUCAUAUCGUUGGCGAAGGAGUGGUCAGACUUACCAAUAAAGGACGGGUCGACUCAACCGAUAAAGAAAAUUACAUUGACUUUCGUAUGAGACUAUUGGGCGAUAGUUCAGCCAAAAGUGGUCUGUUUUCAGUCAUAUUUGAGAUUAAUUUCUAA